AUGGUAAGGGAACAGAAUCGUCUCACUAUCGUUUUCGCCUGUCUGACCUUGGCUGUGUCAGUGCAGGCUGCGGCCCUGUACAACGCCAAAAGUGUCGGUUAUUACGAGCCUGCUAAAGCCGACGCCUACCAUGAGAGCAAGGCCGGCCACGCCUCCUACAAGACUCAAGGUUACGAGCACCAAGGCCACUACUCCGGCGAAUACAACACCCAUGGAUACGCCAAGGAGAGCCCUUACUAUGGCAACGGCUACGAGAAAGUAGAGCAUGGUGACGGUUACCAUAACAACGGCUAUGGCGAUCGUUAUGACAACGCCGGUUACUAUGGUAACAGCUAUGACAACAACCAAGGAUACGGCCAUGGAUACGAACCUAAAGCGGAAUACAAGUACGGCCAGACCACCUACUACAAGGGCCAGAGCUAUGGACAGGGCCACGCCUACAGCCACGAGACCUCCAAGGCCUACCACUCCCAGCCUGAAAGCUAUGGAUACGGUAAAGACGCCUAUGCCUACCAACCAGAGAGCUACGGAUAUGGCAAGGACGAGUAUGCCCACGAACCAAACAGCUACGGCUAUGAGAAAGAAUCCUACCAGCCUCAGAGCUACGGCUAUGAGAAAGAAUCCUACCAGCCUCAGAGCUACGGCUAUGAGAAAGAAUCCUACCAGCCUCAGAGCUAUGGCUAUGAGAAGGAGUCCUACCAGCCUCAGAGCUAUGGCUAUGAGAAGGAGUCCUACCAGCCACAGAGCUAUGGCUAUGAGAAGGAGUCCUACGAGCCAAAGCACUACGGUUAUGAGAAAGAUGCCCACGCCUACCACAAAUCAGAGAGCUAUGGUUACAAGAAACAAGACUACACUGCCUACCAGAAACAGAGCUAUGGAUACGGAAAAGACACCUAUGCCUAUCAGCCUAAGAGCUAUGGCUACGAAAAGGAAUCCUACGGCUACCAGCCAGAGGGUUAUGGCUACGGGCACGAGGGCAAUGGCUACGAAGGCUACAACAACGCAGGCUACGGCUCCAAGAGGCACAGGAGAAGCGUCGGAUACGGCAACUCUUAUGGCUACCACGGAAAAAGCUAUGGCCAUGGCUAUGGUUACGGACACGGAUACGGCUACGGACAUGGUUAUGGAAAAUCCUACGGUUACUCUAAGCCCAGUUAUGGACACGGUUACGGAAAGUCCUACGGUUACUCCAAGCCCAGUUACGGUUAUGGAAAAUCCUACGGUUAUGGCAAAUCUUACGGUUACUCUAAGAAAGACUAUGGUUACGGAAAGUCUUACGGAUAUUACUCUAAACCCAGCUACGGGUAUGGCCAUGGCUAUGGAUACAAGUCCUACGGCUACGGUCAUUAAUAGAUUCCCAUCAUGCACGCAUUCUACUCAUAAUCAUUGAACGAACAAUAAAAAUAAAACCAUUAAAAAUAUA